AUGACGGGCGUGGCGCCCGCGUCCCGAACCGACUUCGUUGUGAAGUAUCUAGAGAACCUGGUGAGUCCACACAGGAACAAGGAGACCAGGGAAUGGCUUUACACCUACUUCAGAAAUAUUGGCAACUGGUGCAAAAAGAACUUCUGUUCUCCCUUCAACUUGGCGGUGCUCAUUCUGCUCAGCGUCUACGAUCCUGCGAUGAUGAGCCACCUCACGACGGGCACGGCCUUCUUCGCCCAACUGGAGAAGUUCAGAAUCCUCAGACUCGUCAACCAUCUUACCAGCCGCCCAGAAUACGCACACUUAUCCCCGGAAGAGCUGAGGUUUCUUUGCUCGGGAUUCAUCAAGCUGCUCAACGACCUCGCUUUCGAGAGCCUGCAACUUGGGGAGACGACCUUAGCGCCCAGUGCGAUGACCAGGCUCGCCGAGAAAUGCAGGAGGCUCGGCUUGCCGGCGGAAACGAUGUUCUCGGCGUUUUUGAAGUGCCAGCUUUCGGCAGGGAAUCGCAGCUACUCCUUCGGGGAAAAAAGCAUUCAGGAGUUCAGAGCUGCUUGCCAUUUGUGCUACCUCGCCACGUACCAGCCGGUGCUUGGCUCCGAUUCGAGCCAGAGCUCUGCAGGAUCUCCCUUCCACGACGUGGUCUUCUUCACAGCAGGUCUGCUGGCAGAGAAGCUGUCUCAUGCACUUGCUGAGAACACCGAGUUUAUAAUUCAGCAAGCUGUGGGGGCGGGCAUAAAAGAAACCAGUGAGUGGUUGGACCUCCUGCAGGAGGCCCUGUGUCACGAAGUGUUGGCAGAGGCCGUCGGCCGCUCCGCGCUGAGGAAGGACAGGUGGGACGUCAAGGAGGUCCAUCUGCCGGCGUUGAGGACUCUCCUUCUCGUGGCCUCGCCAAAGAGUCUACACGUCACCGUGAACAGUCUGGAAAGGCCUCCGGAAGAAAUACCUGCUCUUUGCGAAGUUUUGAGAAGAGUCGCUGGUCAGCCAGUCUCAAUUUCCCUCAGCUUGAAAUACUACUUCGUGAUGGGCAGGAGUAGAAACGCGGACAACCUCCUGCGCUCCUUCUACGGGCUCUGCUGUCAUCACGGGAUUCGUCGGUUACUUAUCCAGCAGCAUGAUAUCACAAUUACCAAGCACGCUGCACACCCUCGCGUUGCAGGUCGACCGCCGCGAGCUGGAAACCCUGGCCAGCGUUCUCCCUAAAAUGAAGCACCUUGAGAGGCUAG